GCCGCCCUCAGUCUCCUGUGGGAUCAAAUUGGCUGCAUUUGAUCGAGAUGCGUUUCAAAUGCCGCUUUUCCGUGACAGCUUAAAUAGCAUCUUAGGAAUUGGAGUAAAAGCAACAGCACAAUUACAUUACGUCACCUUCUAUUGAAAUGUAGUUUACAUUUGAAGUUGCAAAUAAAUAAGCAGUAUACGCUCAAGGGCCACAUUUCAUUUUGUAAUCUGAAUGAAAGACCAUGUCUUUAUUUGAUAGGGUAAUAAAAUCAUUUUUAAAAUUGUUUUGUCGAUGAAAAGUAGUUUACUCUCAUAAUAGAAUUAAUUAUCCGAUUGUCUAACUUGUGACUUAUUUUAAAAUGUUAAAUAUAUACAGUAUAUACAACUCACAUUUUGCUUGUUUAUAUCCAAUAAAUCAAUUGUGAUGGAAAAUAAAUAAGCUAACGAACUAGUAAUUGCUCCUUAUUGACGGAGUUGAACGUCAUUUGCAGUAUUUUGAGUACCAAAUUACAAUCUAAAAAAGUGGCAAAUAUAGUGGAUGCCGCGUUCGAUAUCCAUAAUUGAGUGUAAAAAUGUUAAACAUUUAAACAAUAAACAUUUUUUUUUCCUGAGCAUGACGUCAUUAUGAGCGAGGAGGGGCGUUCACGGCCCCCACUGACAAGACUGCGGCUGCACGGCUGGCACCGGCAGGGCGUGGGCUGGGGGGCAGGGGGUGUUUACUUCGAUGGAAGCAGCCGACCACUGCUCACGUAGCACCCCGAACGACACCUAUCCGGCCGGUAAAUUGGACAUUUACCGAGAAUGGUCACCUGGACGCUGUGCUAACCGGCGCGCACUCGAACGCACCAUCGCCGCUCGGCAGACAUGCGCUAAGUAGCAACCGGCGCUUCCUCCUGCUCUUUCGGUCCGUCCACCUGUGCUCUACAUGGAUGUAGUCACAUUUGCACUCAAGUGAUUUUGAAGAUGGCGGGAUGCUCAUCGGAGCCGCUUUGUCAGCCGUGCGUCUACCACGAGGCGUUUAAAGUGGAGCUUCAGGUGAAGAGACCCCUGAUGCCGCUCCGCCUGAGUCCAGACCAGGUGGCUGUGGAGAUGCUGUGCCUCUGUGGGCAGCUGGACCUCCUCAUCAGGGCGCAGAUGCAGGAGUUCCAGGAGCAGUUAAGACAAGGCUGUAGUCCAGAGGAAUCUGACACCUUCCAGGCUCACGGAUCGGAGAUUCUGGACCAGAUGCUGCAGUGCCUUGAACAUCUACCAAAGCCGAUGCCACAGCUGGAGGUAAAACAUCUCCCGCUCAGCUGUACGUCAGCGCUGGGCAGACUUUUCUGCUUGAUUAGGACUACCUGGACAUGGUGGGGCUGUCAGCCAUGUUUCCACGUGUGGAGGUGUUCCUCAUUCAAGGCAGCCCGGUGGACAUGCUGGAGAGGCCGCCGAUGGACGGUAAGGUUUCGUCGCCGCAGCCGCAAAACCUGCUCGACGACGUACCUACGAUUGAAACCCGUGAAAGAUCCCUACGCUCUACUCUUUUACUCGCACCUCCUCAAUUUGUUUGGAUUUCAAAACCAUUUGUCUCACGUCGUCAUCACAAACUGCAACCGGAGGGUCGAGCGCAGGUCGUCGUCGUCACGUCCCCGGACUGGACGCUUAACCCAAAGGUCGCUGCAGGCUGACGUUUCCUUUGCAGACUAUUUCUCGCACAUCGCCAAAGUGAAUCAGCUGCUGGUGCUGAGUCAGCAGCUGGAGGAGGACGUCAGGCACCUGGGAAGUCACAAAUACAUCGCCCACCAGCUCUCCGUGAUAUACCAAGUAGUCAGCUCCUUCCGAGGCGUCGACAUCUUCUCCGAGACGAAGAAGGACAUCGAGGCCAACUUCAAGCAGAUGAAAGAAUCUCUGGUGCAAGACGAAGGCUUCGGGCACCAACCUCAGCUGGCUGCUCGUUACAUCCACUGGAUACUCGACGUCACUCACGAGUUGACGUCGGCGGUUUUGUCGCUACCGGACGAGCUGACCGACGACCUCGACCAGGCCGUGACCUUCAUGUCCCAGUUUGUGACCACCGCCCCACCCAGUGGGAUACAUUCUUAAAGUAAAAAAAAACCCAAAAAACUCACACGGUGCUACGCCAUUUGAAUGGACAGUGGGAUUAUAAAAUCCACUUAAUUUGUCCACAUUUUCGCAAGGGUUCGUCUGAAUCUUGCCCCGGUUGUCACUCCUGUUACGAACGUUUUUUUAUACCUGUAAUAAUAAAUUGAAAUGCGAUCGA